UUGGGAUAUACAAAUGUAUUGUGCAGGAGCUCAUGGCGCGUGUCAAUACUUGCACUGCCGUUGUUACCCGCAAAGCUGCGCCACGCUUCCGCUUCCAUAAGGCAGGCCUCCCAAAAGCGAAGCUUACACCAAGUGAUACUGUAGAACGGUCGCCUCCUAAUGCCUUACUUACAGACCUAGGGAACCAGGAACUAACUGCCUGCAAUGUCAACUUUUUGAGGAGGACUUUCAAAGCUCAUUUAGUAGAGGAGCUUCUCCGUGUCCAGCCGGAGGUGCUUACGGCUGGCCUCACAGAAUGGCAUUUGUUUUUGACCGGCUAUGGUCUAACCGAUGAGGAUAUCUGGAAAAUCCUUCGAUACAGCCCUCAGCUGCUGCGGCGUGGCCCGGGCGGGGACGCCAGCGGUCUUGGCACCAGCAAUGCCACUAGCGGCAAGGAAGGAUACAACAGCAACCCCACCCAGGAAACUCCUGCCAGCACUGCUGUUGCCAACACGCCGUACAAUGCCGGCGCUGCCAUCAUGUUCCUGAAGUCGUACGGCUGGACUGACGAGGACAUCACACAGCGGGUGCUUGCCUGCUACCCAGAGGUCCUCACGGCGACACCCGAGGAGCUGCAGGCAUCUGUGGACUUCCUGCGCUCUCGAAGUUUCGACGAGGCAGCCAUUCGGAGGCUGGUGCUGACCUGCCCGCUGCUGCUGGUGGCUCCCGUUACGGAUCCGGACCUCUUCCCGCUCAUUGACCGCAUCCGGGCCUCAGCGCACAACAAGUAUGUCAUAAGCGGCUCCUACCAUGUGUAGUUGCUACUGGUAUGCUUCGCUGCUGUGGUAUUGCAUCGGCAGCAGCAGCACCGGUGGGGUUAUGGAACUAGGGGAGGCAAGCCAAGGCAGUGCUAGAGGAAGAGAGGGAAGAGCAGUCUUAGGUUGCAUAUAGCCGGACAAGAAUCGUAAGGAGAUGUGUUGACUUUGUUGAGGUGGGAGAGUCGUAAUAGAGUAGCGUUACUUUGUGACAUGGAUCACUGUACUGAAGAAUUUGCCCGCAUUGCAUGCUUAGUGCACAGUAACAUGAGCAAGGAAAAGGGUGGAGCCACGGAUGGGGCAUGCAUGGUAAGAUGUAGGGCUGUAAAAUGGCAAAGGAUGUAACUUGUUUUGCAUGCAUGCACGCUGGCUGUGAGGGGAGCGAGCGAGGAGAAGGGCUUACGAUGUCAAUUGCCUGACACAACCGGGCUAUAUGGUGCUGUUGGUCAUGAUUGAAUAACCGUUAGAAUGGCUCGUUUAUAAUGCGAAGGGUGUACACUGUGCAGGAGUCGUGCUUAUCCGUUGCGGCUUUACUUGUGAUGUAAUUGCUGGUGGCGUGGGGUUGUGUUUAUACCGGUUGGGGCAAACUUCACCGACGUCCUAUGUCACGGUGCACAGUUUAGGUUGUCAGGCUGCGCAAUGCUCGUGUCACGAUGUGCAUGAGUUUUGGCAAAAAGACAUGGAUGUGCUUUACAGAACCCUUCCAAGGAAAGGGUUGACGAAUGUUUUCCUUCUUGAGUAUCGAAGGUUAUCUCUUAUCUGCCAAAGAUAUUUAUGCCAACAUGCAACUGCCUACGUACCG